CCACAACAUGGCGCUUUUGGUGUGCCGUCUACUCCUUCCCUGUGCUCUGCGUAUUACAUGCCUGAUAGUCUCUUCUCCUCUUCUCUACCCUGCACCAAUGUAUUGUCCUCGUUCCGUCGGCCACCGCUCACCCUAGUAUUCCUACGGACUCCUUCCCUUCCGCCUUCUACACCGAGAUUCAUGCCCUGUCAUACCUCAAUAACCGAGCACGCUUAUUGGGAAGCGAUCCUCGUGGGCUUCAAUCCCCUCAGCGGCGAGGCUCUAUGUCGAACACAGACCGAGCGUCCGCGCUGCACCUCUCGCGCGUUGUCUAGUAUGCCCCCGCACUGCACCUCCGUUCCACCUUCUAGUCGACGCCUUCGUCAGGCCCCCGUCGGGGCGCCCAACUGCGCACACGCUCGUACGGACGGGUAGGAGCGAUAAGCAGACACUAAGGAGGAACCAGAUGCGUAGGACGGGAAGCAAUAGAAGCUGGCGGGGAAGAGGGUGUAUCGGCCUGCGGCAAGGAAAGGGAUGGCUGCAAUACCAGAAGGGACGUCGGGGUCGAACAAUGUAGCGGUGAGUGAUAUGUCAUAAUUGCGGUAUGUCGAACCUGUUAGCAUAGUCAAAAAUAUUGAGUUGAACAGCAAUACACAUGUUUGC